AUGACGUCACUGGCCCAGAACUGUAGGUCGGAGGCGACUUGUCACUUCCAAGAAAAUAUCCCCGCCCCCAAAGUUUACCAGGUUCUUCCUCUCGACGCCGAGUCCCUGCAGUUUUUCUCAAAUACCGGUCAAGUGCAAAAUGACACCCUCGGGGGUUCCGCAAAGCUUGCACAGCGAAAGGAGUUAGAUGCGAAAGCAGAAUCUAAGUUUUCCCUCCGCAGGAGUUGCCUCCUCUGGGCCGGGGUCGGAGUGACUGAGUCCUGGCAGAGGCCGGGUCCGGGGAGCCGCUCGGCCCCAGCCGCGUCCCAGGGCCGGCUGCUGCAGGAAACGCGCGGCCGGCUCCGCGGCGGCUCCUGCCAGGAGGGAGGGCGCGAGCGAGGCUGCCCCAGGCUCCCCGGGGACCCGGCUUCGCAGGCCCGGGGCUCCUGCGGCUCCGGCCCCGGUCUCCGUCCUCCGGCAGCUCGAGCGCUGCUGUCCCGGGUCCGCGCGCCCUGGGGCGGCCAGACGCAGACGCGGAGCGCGCGGGAGGCGGGCGCAGCGCAGGCACUCUGCAGCUCUGGACCACCGACGUGCCCGCGGCUCAUCCUUCACUCCAGACGGAUGCUGUUCCCUUCCUCGUCCCCCUCCUCGCCGAGCUGUGGGGAGGGGAGUGAGACGUGGUUAAGGAGCCUGGUCCCACCUACGGCAGCCGGCCUUCCCCCUGCGCAGCCCGCCACCCCCUUUCCAUGCCCGUUACUUGGAGAGGUUUGUGGAUGCAGAGGGAAGUGCUAA